AUGUUCUACACGGGCUGCGAAUACCGUGGGGAAAAGACACCCGACGGCAAGCGUUUCCACGGGCAAGGUGUCUACACCUUCUCCAACGGUGACACGUACGUGGGCGCGUUCAACGACGGCCGCAUACACGGCCACGGCACCCUCUUCUUCCCUGCCGAGCGCGGUGGUGGACAGUACCGCGGUGUCUGGGAGAACGGCCGCAAUAUCUCAGGUGCCUUUGUCUUUGCUGACGGGUUGGUGUACGGCAGCGGCGACAACACCAAUAAAGUGCCCAACAACGCUAACCCCGAAGCCGCCAAUGGCGGCUCGAGUGCGCGUAUUUUCUCUGCAGAGAGUAAUACAACCAAUACAAGUAGCAGCAGCAGCAACAAGAGGCACGUUGGAGACCUGGGCCGGCGGGGGCUGGCGAAUAACUGGCUGUACUGCCGUGAGGGCGACCGCCGCCUGUGGGCAGAGCACCUGCGUGAGGUGAUGCCGGUGCUGCCGCUGCAGGCGCUGCUCGGGGGCGAGCGCGUGCCGCAGUCGUCGUGCUGGGGGGCGGAGCCCGUCGUCGCGCCAAGUGUUGCUGCGGAGGCAAAGACGCCCGCCACCUUUGCGCAGAGCCAGCCGCGUGGUCUGCCGGACAUUCUGCCGGACUACUGGGCGGACAGGGAGCAGCGGGCACAUGUGGUGUCGAGAAUGCAACUCGAAACGCCGCCGUUCAUCGGCGCGCAGGGCGGCGCGGGCCGCGAAGAGACAAUGCCGGAGGAUGGAGGGCGGCCCGCGAUGAAUCUCUCCCUGCGUAUAAUCGCUCCGCUAGAAUCGGAGGCCAUGCGAAAGGCAAUUGCUGCUGCUGCUGCAGCGUCGGCAGCCGCAAUGCCAUCACCACUGAAGCACCGCCGGGCGUCGGGUUCUANAAGGCAAUUGCUGCUGCUGCUGCAGCGUCGGCAGCCGCAAUGCCAUCACCACUGA